AUGUCGGAUAAAGAAGGCUCCAGUUUUACGAACGGUAGUGGAGUUAAUACGCCGAAAAAGCGUGGGAGACCAGCGAUUCUGAAGGAGUAUUCUGACCCAAUGAAGUCGCCAAUGGCUCAGUCGUCUUUGCAAAUGCAAAAGUCUCACCAAUCGUUUAAUAAGCCAUUGAUGCGUGUGGGGAGCUCUGGGUCGCCAACGAAAUUCAAGACUCCGCAGAAAAAGAGAAGGAGCAGUUCUACUGAGGUCUCGCCUCCUCAUUCUGCGACCGGCUCUACGAAAAAGGGCCGCUAUAGGGGUGUUGUAAUGAACUCUUCGACAUCGCCAAGGGGGAAAUCGAGCGGUUUGAUGAAGUCGAAGGGCGAUGAUUUGGAUUCAAACGCAACAACCCCUUCUAAGAAUAACGAUCAGAAAGCACGUAUGCAAGUCACUACGAGUUUUGAUCAUGAUCACGAACAUGAGCAUGACAGCUCAUCUCCGGGCACCCCGUUAGACCAGGUCUUCUCUUCAAUUUCCAGAGCUCACAACGUGAAGAGCUCUCCUCCAGUGAUGUUCGAUACAGAUUCCCCAAUACCAACUAAACGGAAGUUGUCAGUAGAGAUGAGAGAAACGUCAUGUAUGGAGGACAAUAGUAGUAUAACGAAAAGAUGGAAAUUCAUGUUGAACGUGGGUAGGGACGGAAAAGCUUGUAUAGAAACGAAUUCGUUGACAAUAACAGAAAAUGCCAAUUCUGAAACCAGCAACAAUAAGAAUUUACUACCCCCAAAACAUCUACUACAGAAUACCGCAAAAGCUGCUGAUGUAGAUACCAACGGUGUGGCAAAGUUUGACAAAAAACGUGUGAUGGGAUUCUUGAGACAAAUGAAAUCAAAAAAUAAGACGCUGGACGCUAAACCAUUACCAGAGCAAACGAAGAAGUUUAACAUUCCUUCUUCUCCAUCUGCUCCUCCAAACUCCAUGGGCAACCUUGCUGAACCUCUCACACCUAAAUGCUCUCAAUUGAUGCAAUUUAAAACGGGAUUGACCCCAAGUUUCAAUAUCGACGAAUUGCUCGUUAGCCCCAGGCUACAUGAUUCCUUGAGCAGAAACUUGUUCAAGUCCCCAAGUCAGUAUGUGUUCAAAGUAUCUUCAGGUGAUCCUUUAUUAAUCAAUGAUCACCAAGAGAUGGAUAUGAUGAAUUCCCAUAGUCAAGAAGUUUCAGAUAUACUAUCAUUCUUGAACUCCCCAAAGAGAGGGACGAAUCUAAAUACCCCUCCCUCAUACCUAGUAAACUUCAGCUCACCAAGAUCAAAUGGAAAGCCACAAAACGCUGUUCCUUCGACUAGUAACAUGAAGCUGAAUCUGCCUCCAUUAGGUACCCCAAAGACCGAACCAAACCAUCAAACAACGCUUUUACCAUCAACACCUUUACUCAAAUUGGGGAAUUUAGGUCCUCCAUCUCAGUUCACUCCUAUAAUACAAAAGCAAAUGACUGAUGAGAGUAAGUUCUCCUUAACGCAAUCAAUUCAUCCGAUUAACCUAAGGAAAGAGCCAGCCAGAAAACUUGAAUCAAGCGAUGAUGCAAGAAUGGCUCUUAAGAGACUCAUAAAUGGGAAUUAA